UCCAGUGAUCUGCUGCCAGCAGAACAAGGCGGACCAGAGAGUAGAGGGGUGUUUACCCUCUUAGCAGAGUUGACUGUCAGACGAAGCUGCUGUUAGCAGCGCUAUGCUGUGCAACAACAAACGUACACUGUGAAUAUGUCAGGCAGCUGAUAGCAGACAGAGGAGCAGCCUGACCCAUGAACCAAUUUUGGGUGUGAACAACUUUGGGACACAAUGUCUCUCCUUUUGAUAUCCUGCCUUUUAAUCUUCCUGCUUGGCAUUGUGUUGCUAUGUGUUAUUUUCAGGUGGUUCAUAUGCACCCUGGCUGUGCGCUUCUUCCAGACUGCCCUGAACGCUGAUUUAAAGAUCAAAUCAAUAGGGCUGUUUUCUGUCCAGGGAGUUAGUAUCCAGUUUCACCCUCAGCAUACUCUGGAAAUCGACAGGAUAUGGAUUUCAAGUAAACUUCUAAACCAGGAUUUGCCGAGAUACUUGGCAUUAUGUGUUGGUGAAACUAGAGUGAGGUUUGACCUGCAAGCACCGCUCAAACCUUUGGUGAUGAAAAGCCAUGGAAAAAAGUCUGGGAAGAUUUCAGUCAGCCCUACAACACUGCGCUUUCUGUCACAACUGCUGUCAUUCCACAUCAGCUCCAUCAAUGUGAUGGUACUGAACCUUGCACUGUCAGAGUCUCUAUGGCACAUGACUAUUUCAGGCAUAACCUUGUUACUUGACCAUCAGAGCAAAAGGCUGGCAUGGGAUUUCUCAGUGGGGCAGCUAAGCAGUAAAGUGCUUAAAAGCAGUCAACUGGAUUUAUGCUUGGCUGAAGUGUCCCUGAGCCUGCUACUGUCAGGAGAUGUGAGCUUACCGGACAUGAAGCCUGGCUGUCUGUCUCUGAAUGUGAGGACACUCAUAGCAGAACUGCAUGAAGGACUAUUUCUCAGCCAACUCCUGUUGCCACCCUCCCCUAAAAAGAGCAUUCAGGGUGAAUCUGAAUUCGAAAACACAGACUUCAUCCAGACUGAGGCGGUUGAACGGUUUCAUCGGCUGAUUCCAAACAAGGUCAAUGUGGAAUUUGAUAAUACUAAUGUAACCCUGUCCAUGCACAGCCAGAAAAGACACCUGAACUGGACCCUGAAGUCUUUAAAAGUUUGCUAUGGACGUGACGAUAGCCAGCUCCCUCUAAAAAGCUUCACUCCUGAGCUGAACUUUCCCCAGAGCAGCAUGGAGCUCCAUCUGGAGGAUGGACUUCUCCUUUCACAAAGUAGACAAAGAAUCCUGUGUGUGAACACGCUGAAGAUGACCCUGCAGGUUACAUCUAUUGACAUCUCAGGGUCAUUCACAGUCAACACUUGCAUCAUCCACUACCGUCACCAGGAGUUCUCUCCUUGGCUGAAUCUAUUUCCAUGGGAACAGCUCAUCCACAGGAAGGCAGCACAUCGAAAAAGGCGACUUCCUCAUCUGGAUGCCCCCGUGAUGAUCACCUCAUCUGUGUCAAAUGUUAAUGUGUCAGUUCAACUGGGUGACACAACACCUUUUGCUCUUGGCUUCCUCUCUGUCAAUGCAGAACUGCAGCAUCUUCUGGACAUUAAAGUUGACACAGAGAGCCCAGAGUCUCAAAAUGUGCACCAGAGGGCCUCACUGUGCCUAGACAACUUCUGGUGGAGAGUGGGGCAGGGGUCUCAUAUCCAACAAGCACCCCACCCUCAUGGCAAACAUGUGUGGGGAGAAGCGCUUAUUUUAGACUCACUCACUCUUCAGGGGAGUUUCAACAGACCCCACCUGGAGUGGAGCAGUCAGUCUCCCAGUCUGAGUGUGGAGUCCAGUUUGAAAGGGCUUCAGGUGGAGCUUUCAGAGACGUGCGCACUGUGUCUUUCCCGUCUGCUGUCCCUCAUCUGUAUCCCUCGUGAAACACAGCUGUCAGAAGUGGCUUCAGUGUCUCCCCCUAGUGAAGAUGCUGCCCAACCCAUCCCCUCCUCGCAGCUACACCUGUUGUUUAAACUGGACUGUUCUUUGGAAGAUGUCAAUGUGUUUACUCUGUCUAACCUGGCAGGUGCAGUGUCUUUGCGUAUGGAUGCCGUUAGAGUCCUCAGCUCUGCAGAAAGCUCCACAUUGUCUCUUUAUGGUGUUAGCUUAUCAGCGAUCAAAUCAGUCACAGAGAACAUGGAGUCAUGUUGUCCUGCCUCACAGACCCCUAAUCCUGUGCUCAAACUCACCACUAUAGCCUUUAGUUACCAUAUCACCACCCACACCUUACAGGUUCAAUGUGAAGAGGAUCUCAUUGUUGAGUGGACGCCUCCAGACCACAUGGUGUUAUAUCAGCACAUGACUGAAGCUCAGGCAUGUUGGCAAAUGCUUUGUGGAGAGAAAGGCGUGGAGAGCCCAAACACACCCACAGUGGCAGAAACCAUUUCAGGCCACAGCAGACGUCUGUGUGUGCGGGUUGAACUGGGCUGCACAUAUCUGACAGCUCAUGUCAGUGAGCAGAACUACAUUUUGAUCCAAACAGAAGCACUCUCUCUUUCCAAGUAUGCUGCCUCCAUGCACAUACGCUCUCCCUCCAUGAUCUUCAACUUUGACGGCAACGAUAUUGUCACCUUUAAAGGGCUCGACGUAGAAACUCACGCAGAACUGACUGAGAUGCAGCUGCACAGAGACACUUUCCCUUUCCUCACCACUCCACAAAACCAAGUCUGGGUCCUUACUUGUCCUUCUCUGGCUGUUGAGUUCCCCUACCAGUACAGCUUCUCCAACACUUUUGACAUGGCGAUAAGUGUGCAAAAAUGGCUGAAGACUCUGCAUCGCUCCCAGAGCCAAGACACCGGGGUGCAAAGUCUGCCUCCUGACCUCGUGUUUAAAAUCAGCCAGUUCUCUUUUGUCUUCCUGGAUGACAUCUUUGAAAUCAAACUGCGUGACAACUACGAGCUGAUGAAGGAUGAGAGCAAGGAAAGUGCAAAGCGUCUUCAGCUCUUGGAUAAGAAGGUGGCAGAGUUGCGUAAGCAGCAUGGAGAGCUUUUGCCAGCCAGAAAGAUUGAAGAGCUCUACAGUUCUCUGGAGAAAAAGCACAUUGAGAUCUACAUUCAGCGGUCUCGCCGCCUCUAUGCCAACACACCCAUGAGGAAGUCUCUGCUAACCUGGACAGUGUCGGACCUGGAACUGGUGGCCUUGGCUGAUCAGUCUCUUCAUGGGCCAGAGAGGGUGAGAGAGCAGCUGAGGGACAUUGAUGGGGUCAGUCCCUUCCCGAGAGAUGGACUACCUCUGGUGGUUCAGUGGUGCCGUGCUGUCAAAGUCAAACUGGCAGCAUUUUUGGUGAGGAUUCGAGAUUAUCCUCGCUACCUGUUUGAGAUCAGAGAAUGGGAGCUGUCAGGACGUCUGAUUGGGACAGAGCAGGAUGGACUGGCCCGGGCUCAUCGCAAAGAGAUUGUCCCACUGGGUCCACCAUGGGGAGAUGUGAUGGUUCAUAGGAAUAUGCCACCUCUUAAGUUCUACUAUGAUUUUAAAUCGAGCAUCUCUCAGUAUACCAUUGUGUGGGGGCCAUGUUGGGACCCUGCCUGGACUCUGAUUGGCCAGUCUGUUGACCUGCUAACCAAACCCACAGUAGAUCCCUCUCCUCCUCUGGCCUGGUGGGACAAAAGUCGUCUCAUUCUGCAUGGGCGCUGGGUGAUGGACAUCGAGCAGGCCAAUCUUCAUCAGCUGGCUACAGAGGACCCAUACAACACUACAGAAAACCUGCACUGGGAGUGGAGUAAGCUGAACUUUGACUGGAACCCAGGCCAGUUUGUUUUUAAAGGAGAUUUAGACGUUAAUGUCAGGACGGCUUCAAAGUAUGAUGAUAUCUGUUUUCUACACCUGCCUAACCUGUGUAUGACCCUUGACCUUCAAUGGCUUUGCCAUGGCAACCCCCAUGACCACCACGCUGUUAUGCUCUGCUGUGCAGAGAGCAUUGCAGAUGUGACCUCAGGACAACCUCAUGACUCAUACAGAGCAUUUCGCUCUGAGAACCUCAACCUCUCUAUCACCAUGGACCUUAACCAGCACUGUGGUUCAGAAGCCUCCCAGCCUCGAAUCCUGUUGUACAGCAGCACUCUGCGCUGGAUGCAGAACUUUUGGGCCACCUGGACGGGUGUAUCUCGACCAAUCUGCAGAGGCAAGCUGUUCCACAGCCUCAGGCCUGUGCGCAAGAAGCUGGGUCAGCACUACAAACAGAUGUCCUACACAGCUGCCUUCCCACAACUACAAGUGCAUUACUGGGCCUCAUUCGCUCAGCAGAGGGGUAUCCAGGUGGAGUGCAACAAAGGCCACGUCUUCACUCGAGGGGCACAGAGACUUAUUCCACAGGCUGGUACUGUGAUGAGAAGGCUGAUCUCUGAAUGGAAUGUGACCCAGAUGGUUAGCGAGCUCUCUCAGGUGACGGUUCACCUGAUGGCUUCCACAUGGGAUGAGACAGCUGACCACCAGAUCAAUGCUCAGGUGAAGAAGACUCACCUUCUCAGCUUGUCCUCCCUGAGCUACCAGAGACAGAGCAACCGAAUGGAGGAGGAGGUGAACCAGAAUGAUGAAACUAACGCCUCUUAUACUCAUAAACUGCGCCUGGUGGAUCUGCGUGCUUCCUGGAACACAACUAACAGGAACAUAGCCUUCGGGUUGUACGAUGGUUAUAAAAAGGCGUCCGUGCUUAAGAGAAAUCUCUCAACUGAAGCUCUGAAAGGUCUUAGGAUCGACACGCAGCCCCAGAUGAAGAAGCUGAAACGCUCUCCCUCCAACUACUCUCCCACCACAGCCCCGACCACCCCUGUCGUGCCCACUGCCAGUAGAGCAGAAAAAAGUCAGAAUGAAGGAACAUCGAUGCUUCAGAAGCUGAUUGAGGAAACAGACAAGUUUGUGGUGUUUUCAGAGGAGGACUCAGGUGUCAGUGAUCAGCUGUGUGGUAUUGCAGCCUGUCAGACAGAUGAUGUCUACAAUCGCAACUGGUUUAUUGAGCUGGUCAACUGUCAGAUGAUGUUACGCGGCACAGAGACAGCAGGCUGUGUGCUGGUGUCUGCAGCAAAGGCUCAGCUCCUCCAGUGUGAGCACCACCCAGCCUGGUACAACGACACCCUGAAGCAGAAAACCACUUGGACCUGUCUCUUGGACGGCAUGCAGUACUUUGCCACCAUGGAGCUCAACCCGUCUGAGCAAGAGGACAGACAACUGUGGCUGGAGGUGAAAAACAUUGAGGAGCACAGACAGCGUAACCUGGACUCUGUGCUGGAGCUGAUGGAGAGUGGCCAGGCCGUAGGAGGAAUGGUCAGCACCACUACAGACUGGAACCAGCCGGCCCAAGUGAACGAGGCUCAGCAGGUUCAGCGCAUCAUCUCACGUUGUAGCUGCCGAAUGCACUACAUCAGUUACAGUCAUGACAUCAACCCAGAGCUGGCCACACAGAUCAAACCUCCAGAGCUGAGAAAUAACCACGAGAAAGAAGAUCUACUGAAAAAACAGGCUGGGGCUGUGGACACCUUCACCCUCAUCCACCAUGACCUUGAGAUCUCCACUAACCCCGUUCAGUAUGCUAUGAUCCUGGACAUUGUCAACAAUCUGCUAUUACAUGUGGAGCCCAGACGCAAGGAGCACAGUGAGAAAAAGCAGCGAGUGCGUUUCCAGCUGGAAAUCUCUAGUAACCCUGAGGAGCAGCGCAGCAGUAUCUUGCACCUUCAGGAGGCUGUCAGGCAGCACCUCGCUCAGAUUAGACGCCUGGAGAAACAGAUUUACUCCAACAUCAGAGCACUUGCAGAAGAACUGAGUGGAGAUGAACUGAUGGAAAUCAACACAAGACUGCAAAACCAGCUGAACCAGGAGAAGAACGACAUGCAGAUGAAGAGUGAAGAGCUCAACAUUCUCAUCAGGUGUUUCAAGGACUUCCAGCUGCAGCGGGCCAACAAACUGGAGCUGCGUAAGCCCCCGGAGGACGUGAGUGUGGUAAGGAGAACAGAGAUCUACUUUGCUCAGGCUCGCUGGUGUUUGACCGAAGAAGACGGCCAGCUCGGGAUCGCUGAGUUGGAGCUGCAGAGAUUCAUGUACAGUAAGCUGAACAAGUCUGAUGACACAGCAGAGCAUCUCUUGGAGUUAGGAUGGUUCACAAUGAACAACCUGCUGCCCAAUGCAGCAUACAAGCGUGUGAGGGUUGUACUUCGGCCCCAAAGCACCUGCCAGUCAGGACGCCAGUUUGCUUUGCGGAUCUUUAGUAAAGUGCGCCCCCCUGUGGGAGGAAUCUCUGUAAAGGAACAUUUUGAGGUGAACGUGGUACCACUUACCAUCCAGCUGAUGUACCAGUUCUUCAAAAGGAUGAUGGGUUUUUUCUUCCCUGGGAGAAAUGUUGAGGAGGAGGAGGUCACUGAUGAGGAAGACAAGUUCAGACUGGUUACCACAGGUAUCCCUGUCAAGCCUCGGCAGUUGUCAGAGGACACCAUGGGUGCUAUGGGCCCCAGCAAAGGUGUCACCCAAGGGCUGAAUCGCACGGCUGGGGUCAGGAGGUCUUUUAGGAAAACUCCAGAGUAUCCUGUAGACGAUAUAGAUAAGAUGAAGGAGCGAGCUGCUAUGAACAACUCCUUCAUCUACAUCAAGAUCCCACAAGUGCCCCUCUGUGUCAGCUAUAAGGGAGAGAAAAGCAGCGUGGACUGGAAGGACCUCAACCUAGUUCUUCCCUGUUUGGAGUACCACAACAACACCUGGACGUGGCUUGACUUUGCCAUGGCUGUGAAGAGGGACAGCCGGAAAGCACUUGUAGCACAGAUGAUAAAAGAGAAGCUGCGUCUGAAGCCAGCCUCGGGUUCAGACCUACGGGGGAAGACGUCAGAGGGGAAGUCAGACAACAGCCUGCAGCAGCAGGAGGAAGAUGAGAAAGCCCGGCUCCUUAUCGGCCUGAGCACUGCAGACAAGAGCUCCAGCAAAAAGAGCAUUUUCAGCCGGCGCAAGUGAGAAAAAAAAACAUCUUACAUUUAUAAUGUAAGAAUUUGACAGGUCAAUGGACUGUUAACACUCUCUUGGUAAGGAGAUCAGGAAACAAACAGGCUGCCUGUCAGAAUCGUUCUGGUUUGUUAAAGUCAAUGUAAAGGAGAGACUGCUGAGCAUAUCUUUCCUUUUGUCGGAUAUCUUACUGUAUCACAUGAGCCUGCUGAUUUUGGGGAAGUGCUUUGGGGUUUUUGUUUUGGAAAAAAUACUCUUGGCAUUUUUCAGAUUGGAACCUUCAAACAGCUCCAGAAUUACCCGGCUGCCAUUUUGACCAAACUCAAAUAUAUAAAGCUUAUUUCUGUGCCAUAAGAAUUGAACUCCCUGCAGCUUUCAGAAUAACGACCACUUGAGUUGCAAUGAAUGUAGCCAGGAAGAUUUAACAGUGUGUAGCUAGCACUUCACUGUCACCGUUUCCUCAGCUGCUACUCAUUAGCAGACCGACGGCACCUUUUCCUGCUGGCUCAGGAACACUUUAAGGAUGUACUACACAGGACUCCAUUAAAGCACCUUCAAUGCUUUAUUAUGCCAUAAAUAGAUAUGUAAGUUUUGUUAAUUCAAUCUAAAUAAAUAGUAUAUGGCUAUAUGACUGUCAAUGUGACAGGAAGGCCUUUUCCCACACAAACUUUAUUUUAUAUUUUACCUGAAAAUGACUGUGUUACUUAUUCUCUCUUUGUCUGUACCUCACCCCAGUGCAAUAUAUCCAGAAAACACAUGUUCAUGUGUUGUAUUAUGUGGCACUCGGUUUGAUGACAUUGUGGCACAGAAAAAAGCAGCUAAUUGCAGAGUGUAUGUUUUGUAAUUUUAAUACUAAAGCACUUUUUUAAGCAAGGUAUUUUGAUAUUUUUGUAACCGCAGUUGUUGUCUGUAGAUUCUUGUACAACUGUGCUGCUCCAGUGACAUUUCUAUUAAGAAGAAAAAGCCCUUUAAGUUAAACUGAUCAUAUCACAAAUAUGAACAUGUCCUCACAUUUCUAUCAGCUUUGUGUCUUGAUGUUUAUCUGUCAAUAAAAAUUUUAAGCCUCA